GAGCUUUUACAAAUUUGUUUUCUUCCUUAAAUUAUUUAUCGUCUCGUCACAUUUCAAAAUUUUCAUUUCUUCGUCUUCUCCAAACCCUUGUUUCUCACUCCAACAUUAUCACUAACCUCUCGUCAAUGGCGUUCAUUAUCAGUGGGCCCCGCUAAUUCACUCCAGCCUCGUUCACAUUUUAUCGCUCAAUCUUUGAUUUUUCUCAAUUCCACUCGUCACUGGAGAUAUUUUACAGUCAAAGAUCACUAAUUAUAGCUUAUAUCUUAUGCUGGGUCUUCUUGUGGAAUUAAUUGAUCAUCUGCUUUAUAACUGAUGCAACGCCUCCACUGUUACUGGUGUUUGUGGUGUACAUAGUACAUGCUCUGCUUUAAGUUUAGCAUGCAGAAGACUGGUCACCUUUUCAAGAAUCACUCCUUAAGACUGACAUCUCAGCAUCAUUCAGUUCGCCGCUUAAGCUUUUUUUCUCAAGUAGCAACAGGACAGCACUCAUCCCCAAUAGUCUUUCCCGAGAAGCGUAGCAAAGUGAAGACUUCAAAGCGCAGUGAAAUCAGUGUCAGUAUUGAUGAUCUUAAGAAAUCAAAGAGGGAGGAGCAUAAAAUCGAUAUUGGUGAUGAGAAAUCUGACUUGCUUGGAUAUGAUGUUUUCUCCGCGAAGCUAGUUUUAGACAAAAGAAAGACAAAUAAAAGCAAUGAUGCUAGCACAUCAACUGAUAUAACAAAUCAAGUAACUGUUGAUGCUAAACUCACAAGCAAGGCACUGGUUUGGGGUACACAUCUAUUGUCGCUUGCGGAUGUGGUUUCAGUAUCAUACACUUUUGGCUUCAGACAUUUUACAGUGCACUCGUACCCUGUAACAAGGACCUCAUGUGUACUUUCUUGCUUUAAGAAAUCUGGUAGAAGUCGGAAGGAUUUUCGCUUCUUGGCCGACACAAUAGAAGAAGCUGUUCAAUGGGUCAGUGGGUUUGCAGAUCUGAAAUGUUAUGUAAAUUGCUCGCGCCAUCCUUUGGUUUCUUCGAAGAAGGAGGCUUCAGAUUUUUUAUUUAGUGAUUUUCCUCUGGAACCACAUAUCAAAUGUAAAAGUCCACCUACAAUGCUUGUGAUUUUAAAUCCACGGUCUGGACAUGGGCGUUCAAGUAAAGUUUUCUAUGGAACAGUAGAACCAAUAUUUAAGCUUGCAGGAUUUAAGCUGGAGGUAGUUAAAACAACAGCUGCUGGACAUGCUAGAAACCUUGCAUCAAGUAUAGACUUCAGUACAUGUCCUGAUGGAAUCAUAUGUGUAGGAGGUGAUGGAAUCGUUAAUGAGGUUCUGAAUGGUCUUCUUAGCAGAGAUAACCAGAAGGAAGCAAUUUCAAUUCCAAUUGGAAUCAUCCCUGCUGGUUCUGAUAAUUCUUUAGUGUGGACUGUUCUUGGAGUUAGGGAUCCAGUUUCUGCUGCAAUCGCAAUAGUGAAGGGAGGUCUAACUGCAACAGAUGUUUUUGCGGCUGAAUGGGUUCAUACUGGUGCGAUUCAUUUUGGGACGACCGUCGCAUACUUUGGGUUUAUCAGCGAUGUUCUAGAACUCUCUGAGAAAUAUCAGAAACGCUUUGGCCCUCUACGGUAUUUCGUAGCUGGUGUCCUUAAAUUUUUAUGCUUACCCAAGUAUGGAUUUGAAGUGGAAUAUCUUCCAGCAUCAAAAGAGAGAACCGAUCGAGAAGUAGUUGAUGUGUCAGAACUUUAUACAGACAUCAUGACAAGAUCCAACAAAGAUGGCAUUCCUAGAGCCUCUAGCUUAUCAAGUAUCGACUCAAUAAUGACUCCAAGCCAAAUUUCUGGUGCUGAGUUGGAUACAACUUGCAGUAGCACCGAGCCAUCAGAUAUUGUACGUGGUAUAGAUCCAAAAUCAAAACGCUUAUCAUCUGGGAGAAGUAAUGUAGCUGCAGAACCAGAAGUUAGCCAUCCUCAUCUACCACUUUCAUCAACCCCAAACUGGCCAAGAACUAGGUCCAAAUCGAGGACUGAUAAAGGAUGGGCUGGGCUAACAGCCACACAUGACACUACCAGGUCAUCUUGGGGAACAGCAGCAGCAAAUGAUAAAGAGGAUAUUUCAUCAACAAUGUCUGAUCCAGGGCCAGUAUGGGAUGCUGAACCGAAGUGGGACCCUGAGACUCACUGGGAUAUGGAAAAUCCCAUAGAAUUACCUGGUCCAGCAGAAAACGAUGAUAAUGAUGAAGAUGAAACAAGCAAAGAUGAUGUGCCAAGAUCUGUAGAAAAUUGGAUAACCAGAAAAGGUCAAUUUCUUGGUGUCCUGGUUUGUAACCAUUCAUGUAAAACUGUUCAGAGUUUGAGUUCUCAGGUGGUAGCUCCUAAGGCUGAACAUGAUGAUAACAUGUUGGAUUUGUUAUUGGUUCAUGGAAGUGGACGUUUGAAGCUGUUAAGAUUUUUUUUGCUUCUGCAAUUUGGACGGCAUCUUUCUCUACCCUAUGUUGAAUAUGUCAAGGUAAAGUCUGUGAAGAUUAAACCAGGAAAGACCACACAAAAUGGGUGUGGCAUUGACGGCGAACUCUUCCCGGUUGCAGGACAAGUCAUCACUUCUCUAUUUCCUGAACAAUGCAGGCUUAUAGGUCAUUCUGCUGGUACCAGUCGCAAGUAAAUAUAGAGGCUCCUAUAGGCUUCGUCUUUAUACGUCAGUGAUUCAUAUGUACUCAAUUUCCGACAUUCAGGUUUCGGUCCAGGCCUAUUGUCGGCGUUGCUGGUGCAGAUAAUCAAGUUUUCGGUCUCCUGUAUAUUUUGUGAAUAUUAUCGGUGUAGGUCCAUUUCUUGGGGUAAUGGGGUCACCUUGCUUGUAAUCCAUUUGUUUUACUUGUCCUGUGAUGUGUUACCUUUGUCAUAUGCUGCAACUAUGUGCAAUCUCCACUGUAGGCUACUUGCCCUGUUACUCUGUAUAACUAUGUUUCAAGUGCUAACUAGCUUAUAACCCGUGCAAUGCACGGGCGGUUAACAUAUUUGUUAUUUUAUUAUAUAUAUUUUAAAGUUACCUAA